AAAGCACAGAAGAGAGUUAACACUUCAACUCAUCAUUUUCAUCUUUGCUCUUGCCGGCAAUAGAAGUUCCCGCCGGUAUUUGGAUGUUUUUGAUACGUAAUUAAACCAGUAAAGAAUGUGCAUGAAUAUUGUUGUAUGAAAUUUAUAAAUUAUUUAUACAAAAUAUUUUGUUGAAUAAAAUAGUUUUUGAUAUUAAAGAACAUAAAGUUUCCACGAUGUCAUCUCCUCAACCAUGUAAACCAAAAGAAACUAUUGAAGGUAAGAGCAUUCCAUUACGGACAUCAUCUCUGGUACCAUAUUCAUCUGAUACGGGAAGUGAUAGUGAAUCUUCUGCUUCCUAUUCCCUGACGACAAUAUCACAAGAUUAUCAUAUGAAUACUAAUCUCAGCAGAAGUUCUGAUGUUUCUAAAAUUCCAAGCUCAAAGGAAUGCUGUGAAUUAUUUUCAAGCUCUUUGAAUUCUACUUCAGAAAAAAUUAGUUGCCCAAGUUUUGGUUUAAAUAAUUGUAAAAAGGAAUCUGUAUUGAAAUCUAGAGAAAAUGAAAUGAAUGAAUCUUCUGUCAUUCCUUUCACAGGAAGUCCAAGAAAUGGAGAUGGGAAUGCUCUUAAAACUUUUGCCACUCCAACAUCUGCAAGAAAAACUGAAAUGUUUACAAAAUCAGCUUCAACUCCUUUGAAAAGAUCUUUCUCUAUGAUAGAGAAUGAUGAUGAAGAAACAGGUCCUUUUACUCCCAAAACAAGUAUCAAAAGAAUACAAGAAAACUUAAAUAGUUGGAAAUCUCCAAGCCGAUACCACUAUUUUUCAAGGAAAAGCUUACCAGCUAAAGCUGAAACUGAACUUCAUACUUCUAGUAAAGAUUAUUCUGAUAAGCAGAUACAAAACAGAAGGAGAAGUUAUCCAUUUGCAAAAUCAUCUUAUCAUUCUCCAACUGCAAAACAAAAUUUCCGUAGUUUCAGAACCGAUCAAACACCAUAUUCACCUGGACAAAAUGCUCUUCAUCAACAAAAACGAAGACGAUUCAAUUUACCCUAUUAUGAUGCAUUUAGUUUAAUGUCAUUGGAAUCAGAAUCUGGUUUUAUUGAUUCUCACUGCCAUCUUGAUUUUAUUUUCCAGAGGCAAAAUUAUGAAGGAACAUAUUCUGAGUAUCAAAAAGAGCAUGAGCAUACUUUUCCGAAAUCAUAUCGGGGAUGUGUUGCAAUAUUUUGCAAUCCAUUUACUUUUAGUAAAAAAGAUAUGUGGGGAAAAUUUCUGGAAGAGGACAAUGUUUGGGCAUCAUUUGGCUGUCAUCCUCAUAAUGCUAAAGAUUAUAAUGAUUAUAUAGAAAAAUCAUUAUAUGCUGCACUAAAACAUUCGAAAGUACGAGCUUUAGGAGAAAUUGGUUUGGACUAUUCAAAUAGGAAUAACUGUAUGAAGACAGUACAAUUUGAAGCUUUCCGGAGACAAUUAAAAAUAGCUUUAGAAAAGCAACUACCUGUUGUUAUUCAUUGUAGAGAAGCUCAUGAGGAUGCAAUGGGGAUAAUAAAAGAGAUCCUCCCAAUCGAUUACACUAUUCACCUGCAUUGUUUCACAGAUACUUGGGAAUGGGCCCAGAAAUGGUUGAAUGAAUUUCCAAAUCUUUGUAUUGGAAUUACAAAUGUUGUGACUUUUCCUUCAGCUGAAUCAGUUCAUGAAGUGGCAAAAAAUAUUCCUUUGAAUCGUUUGUUACUAGAAACAGAUGCUCCUUACUUUAUUCCAAAAAGGGGCUGCCAAGGAAUGAGAUGGUCUCAUCCUGGUUUGGCUAUACAUGUUGCAGCACAGAUAGCAGCUUUGAAAAAUAUUCCUAUUGAAAAAGUACUGCAAUCAACUCGCAGUAAUACUAAGCGAGUAUAUAACAUUUAAAAUAAACUUUAUUGUUGCAAGAUGAUUUUUAGCAAAGAUAAUCGACACAAUUCUAUUAUCAUUGUAGAUUUUUAAAAUAUGUGGUGAGACAUGUAGUUAUGAACUUUUAUUUCUAAAAGUUCAAGCAUAUGUUAUAUCUUUAAAUACCUCAUAUGUAAAUCUAUC